AAUAUAUAAUUAUACACAGAACACACAUAUAUUACGUAAACACAGACUUUUAUUUUGCUAACAAUUAAUCGUUGCAUAUCCCUAUUAAAUACAGUUUUCGUUUAUCAUUGUUCUCAUUUAUUUUGUUUUAUUUUUGUAAUGUGGUUGUAAAGUCAUAAUUUAGUUAUAUUAUAGCACUGUUUUUAUCUGUUUGCAAUUUAGUGUUUUUACAUGCUUAUUAAAAUUAUUUAAUUACAAUUAAUGAAUCGCACGGAUAAGACUUGGAAAGGAAGUAUGUAGUUUCCCGCGAAAUCCGUCCCCACAGCUCUUAAAUGAAUUUUACUGUUAGGCUUACGGUAGUGAUUUAGGGUCAAAACAGGGUUUGUAAAAUUGUUUUAUGAUGUACUCGCUUAUUAUUUAAAUUAUGUUGAUUUCGAAGAAAAAAAAGUUUAAGUAGCUUUAAAUAUUCGUUUUUAUUCGUCUGUACAUCCGGGUCCUGCGACAGACGAAUGAUUGGCAGAGGCGCAGCGCGGGAAGCUCGAAGCACCGGAUGAGGGAAACACAAACACGAACACGCAUGUCUCGACGUGACUCGACAGAUAGCGGUUUCAAAUAUGUGUUCGGCAUUCUGCGGUCAUUAUAUCCAGUCGUGCAGACUCUGGAGGAAUUCACAGACGGGCUCGUGUUCUCUGAUGGCCGGAAACCGGCUCUGCUGGAGGAAAGAGACGCACCGCGCUUUAAAAAUCUCGUCAGAGGGCUGAUGAUAUGCUCGUUCACGCCACUACAGCAGCUGCGCGUUCCCGCACAGCUCAGCACUCUUCCGGAGGUUUUGGCGUUCACCCUGAACCACAUUAAACGGAAGAAGCUGAGGAACGUCCUGGGAUUCGGCUACCAGUGCAACGACGUGACGGCCUGUUCGGAUCCCUUCCGAUUCCACGGAGAUGUUUCCCAGACGGCCGCCUCCAUCAGCACCAGCGAGCUGUGGAAGAGGAUCAACCAGCGUCUGGGCACGGAGGUCACGCGUCACCUGCUGCAGGACUGCGCCGUGUUCGCCACCGUCCCGCCCUCGUGUCUGCUGCAGGUGUGCGGCGAGCCCGUGUACGACCUCCUGCUUCCGCGCUCCUGGUCCGGGUUUUUCCUCAGCCACGUCUCGCCUCAAACGUCCUUCGGCGUGGUGCGGAAAAAUCCCGCUGUGCCGCGGAAGACGGUCGCGAGAGACGGUAAGGAAAUAGUCUUGAAAAAGAGAGCGAGAGAUGAAGAUGAUAAACAGCCUGCGAUGAAGAGGCGAAAGGUGAUUACGGACGAAUCCGACGGACCUUCGACCCAAAGUCACGGAUCUCAGAGCUGGAAACCCGCGGAUCAGCGGCCUCCUCGACCUUCACACUGCUCGAUCCGUGUUCUGAGCAUGCUCUAUAAUGGGCGGGGCAUGAAGGGCUUCCUGCUCAACAGGAAACUGAAAGGUGUGGGCGGGGCUAGACGGCUGCAGGGGGCGGAUCUCGUCCGGAUGAUAUUCCUCCAAUCGGAUUUUAACGUGUCCGACACGCAACCGAGACCGAAGAAACUUCCCAAGCGAUUCUUCGCCAUGGUGCCCCUGUUCAGUCGACUCUUACGCCAGCACAGGAAGUGCCCGUACACCCUGUUCCUGCAGAGGAAGUGCUCGGGGACUCCAGACACGCAGGAUAUGGAAUCGCUGCUGAAGUCGCAUUUCUCCGCUUACAGGGUGUAUCUGUUUGUGAGGGAAUGUUUGUACUACGUUAUUCCUGAGGAACUCUGGGGAUCCCAGGAAAACCGGCUCCACUUCCUGUCCAAUGUGAAGAAGUUCCUGCUUCUGGGGAAAUUUGAGCGCCUCCCGUUGGUCCAGCUGAUGUGGAAGAUGAAGGUUAAGGCCUGCCAUUGGCUGGGACUCAAGAAACGUCACUGCGCGAGUGAGCACCGCUACAGAGAGUGGAUCUUCGGUCAGUUUCUGGCCUGGACGUUGAGCGGGUUCGUGGUCGGUCUGGUCAGAGCGCAGUUCUACGUCACCGAGAGUAUGGGACAGAAACACGCGCUGCGCUUCUACAGGGCUGAAGUGUGGAACAAACUACAGGAAAUGGCCUUCAGAGUUCAUCUGUCUAAGGGCCAGUGGAGGGCGCUGUCUCCUUCUCAGGCCUUGAAGUUCCCAAAGACCACAGUAACAUCCCGAAUCCGGUUCAUCCCGAAGGUCAGCAGCAUGAGACCCAUCACUCGACUCACAGGAACCAGAGAGUCUCUGCAGCAUUUCCAGAGUUGCGUGCGGGUCCUGCUGAACGUGCUGAACACGUGUGUGCGCUCGGCCCCGGGGCCCAUGGGAUCCACCGUCUGGGGUUGGCAGGACAUUCACAGAGUCCUGAAGAACUUCAGCCCGCAGCAGAAGAGCUCGCCGCGCCCGCUCUACUUCGUCAAGGUGGACGUGAGCGGGGCAUACGACAGUCUUCCUCACCAGAAGCUGGUGGAGGUGUUGGGUGAAGUGUUGGGUCCGUUUGCGGAGCAGAGUUUCUUCCUGCGUCAGUACGCUCGCGUGUGGAACGACCCCAACCAGGGCCUCAGGAAACACUUCUGCACAAAGGCGGAGAUGUCCGAGCCGCUCAACAUGAAGGGGUUUGUCGUGGACGAGCAGGCCAGCGGUUCCCUGCGCGACGCCAUCCUGGUGGAGAGGCACUCGUCUGAGGUCCGCGGAGGAGACGUGUUUCAGUUCUUCCAGAAGAUGUUGAGCAGCUACGUCAUCCAUCAUGACAAUAAAAUGUUCCGUCAGGUGUGUGGGAUUCCGCAGGGAUCUCCGGUGUCGGCUCUGCUGUGUAAUCUGUGUUACGGACACAUGGAGAACUCUCUGCUGAAGGGCAUCGCCAAGGGAGGGUGUCUUAUGCGGCUGGUUGAUGAUUUUCUGCUCAUCACUCCUCAUCUGAGUAAAGCCACAGAGUUCCUGACGACGCUGCUGGCCGGCGUUCCCGAUUACGGCUGUAAGAUCAACCCUCAGAAGGUGGCGGUGAACUUCGCGGUGUGUGAGGAGUGGGUGAGCUCGGGGGUCAGCGUGUUCCCGUCCUGCUGCCUGUUCCCCUGGUGCGGCCUGCUGCUCAACACACACACGCUGGACGUCUACAAGGACUACUCACGGUAUGAAGGCCUAUCACUGCGCUACAGCCUGACUCUAGGCUCCGCCCACUCGCCAACCGCGGUCAUGAAGAAGCUGCUGUCAGUCCUCAGUCUCAAGUGUACCGACAUCUUUCUGGACCUCAGGAUGAAUUCAGUGGAAGCCGUUUACAGAAGCUUGUAUAAGCUGAUUCUGCUGCAGGCGCUCAGGUUUCAUGCAUGCGUGAAGAGUUUGCCUCUGGGUCAGAAUGUGGAGACACACCCGUCUUUCUUCCUGAAGAUGAUCUGGGCGAUGGCUCGAGUCACGAAUAAACUCAUCAGACACACAAACACAGGUCUGGUUCUGGGCUCUCCGGACGGCGGAGGCGUUCUGCAGUAUGAGGCGGUCCAGCUGUUGUUCUGUCUGGCGUUUGAGGUUGUUUUCACACGGCAUCGAUCGGUUUACCGCAGUCUUCUUCCUCCACUGCAAAAACGAAAGAGGCGUCUUCAGCGCGUGCUCCUCGGCAUCAGACUGGCACGCGUCCGACAGGCCGCCACUCCCAGAAUCCCUCAGGACUUUAAAACCAUCCGGACGUAGAAUCGUUUUCUCGUGAAAACGUUCUGCUCCAGCUUUGUUUUUAUUCGUCUCCUGCAGCAGCUGACUAAACAGAUCUACGCCGAGUGUAAAUUGUUGAUGGAUUGUCGUUAAACGCAGCGAGAGAUAAGAGACGCUUGUAAACUAAAGUGAUUCAUUUCAGUUCAUGUUUAUCUGAUAUCUGCAUGUUCAUGUUUGUGCUUUAAAAUGUAAAAAGAAUCAGUUAUUUCAACACAGAAAAUAAAUUAAGUUCAUCGCACAAG